UGCCCCUUCCUCCACCGCGCCGCCAUAAGAACCCCACCCGCCCCCGCCUUGUCCUGCCAGCUUGUUGUAUUCACGGAACUCUCGCCUCCCUCAGUCCGCUACACGCAUCAGAAAUUCCUGCAAGGAUGCCCCCCGUUCCUACGAAUACGAACGGGACCGGCCACUCUUCUCACCAGUGAGUAAAUGUGGGAUGAUUCCUUUGAGGCGGGGCUCAUGAUAUGCGUGCGAGUAGUGACUACGACGACACUCUCCCUGCGCAGCUGUCCUUCAAAUGCGCCGUAACCGACUCGAAAGGCCCUCGACGGUCCAUGGAGGACGCACACUCCAUUGUCGUCCCGUUCGCCGGUAUACGAGGCCAGGGCUUCUUCGCCAUCUUCGACGGCCACGCAGGCAAGCAAGCAGCAGAAUGGUGCGGCGCGAACUUUGCUACGUGCUUCCUCGAGACGAUUAGGCGCGAUCUGGCGGCAACCAUCCCUGACGCAUUCAAUUCGACAUUUCACGACGUCGAUGGGCACCUCUCCCGGCUAUCUGAGGAGUCGGAUGGCAAGAUGCACGCAGGAUGCACGGCGGUAACCGCGUUUCUCCGCCUUGAGGAUGCGGAUGGGAGGCAGACGUUCCUACCGUCGGACUUUCAUCCUAUCGAUACGGCGCUCGAAGACCUGCACCUGGAGGAUGUCAGCAGCGAUUAUGAAGAGGCAGAAGAUCAAAAGGUCAGCAACACGAGCCGAAUCAAGAACUUUUUCAAGCCCAGCGGCCACGAACCCUCCCCGCCGCCCUCGCAGGCGAGCACGGCUAACACGGACGAAAAGGACGAUGCAUGGACACCACCCCACAACUCGCCGGUGCGACGGGUGCUAUACUGCGCCAAUGUCGGCGAUGCGAGGGGCGUGCUGUGCCGCGCUGGUCGGGCGGUGCGCCUGACGUAUGAUCACAAGGGCUCGGAUAGGCAAGAGGCGAAGCGGAUCAUGGAUGCUGGAGGCUUCGUUAUGAGCGGGCGGGUGAAUGGCGUGCUGGCGGUGACAAGGAGUUUGGGCGACUCGUCGAUGAAGGAGUUCGUCGUGGGUGCACCGUAUACCACGGAGACGGAGCUGAACGAAGAAGACGAGUUCUUGAUCCUGGCCUGCGACGGGCUGUGGGAUGUAGUCGAUGACCAAAGAGCGUGCGAGCUCGUGCGCUCCAUCACAGACCCAAGGAGAGCAGCGGAGGAGUUGCUCGACUACGCAUACAAGAAUUAUUCUACCGACAAUGUCACGGUUUUGGUCGUUCGCUUCCGGAACCCACCAGAGUCGAUCCCCACCGAGCCGCAACAGCACGACGGACCGUGAGUCCGCGGGAUACCCGGAUAGUCCUUCCUCCCCUGCGCGGUGCAUGAGCUCACGCGACUCGUGGUUUCCCUCAUGUGCCGCUCCGAUGUUUCGUGUCUCGUUUCUCCAUUGCUGAUCCCAGGGCUUCGCAUGCGCUCGCACACGUAUCCAAGGACAAGAUGUAGUUAAUUGUAUUGUAGGGGUGUCACUAAAUCGGCCGGUACGGUAGUGGCUACGCGAUGUAUGUAGGUGACGGAAUGGGAUGGUUAUAUUUGCGUGACGCUCAGGCU